AUGCUUCGAUUUUUAGUCAUUGCCGUUCUUCCUGGAAUACAUUGUGCUAUUGGAUAUGGUUUAGCAAAUAGUAUGUUAAUUGAAGGUGAUGAUGGAAAUAUUAUAAUUGAUACAUUAGAAUCACGUGAAGCAGCAACUGAACUUCAAAAAGAUUUUCAAGUAAUAUCAUCGAAACCAGUUGUUGCCAUUAUUUAUACUCACAAUCAUGCCGAUCAUGUAUUUGGAGCUGAAGUUUUAGCUGGCAAUAAUUUAUCCAAUGUGAAAGUUUAUUCACAUUCAAAAACUCAAAAAAUUUUGGACGCAACCUUAGGCAUAGUUCAACAGAUUACUUAUCAAAGAGCAGCAAGACAAUUUGGAAUGUAUUUAACGUCAGAGAACGAUGGUAUUAAUAAUGGAAUUGGUUUAAAUUUAAAAUAUAAUAAAGAUAGUACAAGUGCACUUCUUUAUCCAACAAAUACAUUUGAUACAGAUCGUUGGAAUUUAACAAUAGCUGGUCGAGAUUUUGUUUUAUAUCAUGCACCAGGUGAAACAGAUGAUCAAAUUGUAAUUUAUAUGCCUAAAGAAAAUGUUCUAUUUGCUGCUGAUAAUAUUUAUAAAGCAUUUCCAAAUAUUUAUGCUAUUCGUGGAACAACUACAAGAGAUGCUAUACAAUGGGUUUCUUCUCUUGAUUUAAUGCGAAAUUUAAGAUCAGAAUAUUUAAUUCCUUCUCAUACAAAACCUAUAUCUGGAGCAGAAUAUAUCUAUGAAACAAUAACAAUUUAUCGAGAUGCAAUGCAAUUUGUUCAUGAUCAAACUGUUCGAUUCAUGAAUAAAGGAUUUUCACCUGAUGAAAUUAUUGGAAACAAACUAAUUCAAUUACCAAAACGUUUAAAAGAGCAUCCUUAUUUACAAGAAUUCUAUGGUACUGUAGACUGGAGUAUUCGAGGUAUUUUUGAUCAAUAUUUGGGUUGGUACAGUGGUAAAUCAUCUGAUUUAAAUCCUGAUGCUCCGAAUGUUCGUGCACAAAAUCUUAUUCGACUCGGUGGUGGAAGUAAAAAAGUAUUUGAAAGUGCUCAAGUUGCAUAUUCAGAACAAAAAUAUCAAUGGUGCUUGGAAUUAACUGAAGCUCUUUGUAUUUAUCCUGAAGAUUUAAAUAAAUCAGAAAUCAUUCAAUUACAAGUUUCCACAUUACAAAAAUUAGCUUCAUUGCAAACAUCAGCAAAUGGUCGUAAUUGGUAUUUAACAAAAUCAUUGGAAAUUCAAGGUUUAAUUGAAAUUAAACCAUCACCUGCUCAAGUUACUAAGACAAUAUUAAAUUCUUCAUUGAAAAAACUAUUUAUGUUAUUAUCUGUAAAUCUAAAUUAUCAUAAAGCCAAUGAUAUUAAUCAAUUAGUUUUAUUUCAUUUUCAAGAUACAAAUGAAAAAUUUAGUAUUCAUAUUCGUAAUGGAAUAGCUGAUGUUAAAUAUCAAUGGCCUGAAAAUAUUCAAUCAAAUCCUAUUGAUAUGAUUAUCGAAGUGAUAAAAGAAGAAAUUUGGAAACAAGUAAUUGCACGUAUAAAAAAUCCGUUGACGUGUCUUUCAAACGACGAAAUAAUACUUAAAGAUGGAAAUGGAGAAAUAACUCCAGAACUAGUUGUUCAAUUUCUUACGUUCUUAUCUAUGUUUACAUCCGAAUAA